AUGCCCAUCACCAUUCUCGCCCCACAGCCUGCGCCUCAACGGCCGCUGGCCGGGCCUGCAGGCUUGAAUUCGGACUCAGAUUCAGAAAUGGAUAGCGACAGCGGAGGUGUUCAGAUACGUUCUGCUAAGAGGCGGAGAGCGAGCGCCGAAGAGGAUGAGGGCGAUGAGAUUCUCACACCAGGCACAGUCAUCACUUCUAACCCUCAAUGGAUGCGCGGUCACGGCACAUAUGUCCUCCCCAACUCCACGUCCAUAGCCUCAUCGCUGGCGGGCACCCUCACAAAGACGAACAAGCUCCUCUCCGUGCGGCCCCUGCGCGCCCGCUACACCCCGGAGAUCGGCGACCUCGUCGUCGGCCGCAUCGUCGAGGUCCAGGCCAAGCGCUGGCGCGUCGACGUCGCCGCCUCGCAGCUCGCCGUCCUGCAGAUCUCGGCCAUCAACCUGCCCGGCGGCAUCCUGCGCAAGCGCACCGAGACGGACGAGCUGCAGAUCCGCAGCUUCUUCGCCGAGGGCGACCUCGUCGUCGCCGAGAUCCAGCAGCUGCACCAGGACGGCGCCGCCAGCCUGCACACCCGCAGCCUCAAGUACGGCAAGCUGCGCAACGGCGUCUUCGUCUCCGUCAGCGGCACGGGAGGCGGGUCCGGGGUCGUGCGCUCCAAGCGCCAGGUCUGGACGCUGGAGGCGGCCAAUGCCGGGGGGAAGGUAGGCGUCCUGCUCGGAGUGAACGGGUACAUCUGGAUCAGCAAGCACAUCGAGAGCGAUGUCGCCGCCGAGGCUGUCGGCAUCAACCGUAUGGAGGAGAGCGUGAGCAGUAAGGUUUACUCGAGCCAGAACGACGACAUUGAGCCCGCGACGAUGCGGGAGAUUGCCCGCUUGAAGAGCGUCAUUCUCGCGUUGGUUGAGCACGGACUGAAGGUGGAUGAGGUCACGGUCACACGGGGAUACCACGAAGCCGUUGAAAUGGGACGGGAGACCCCGGAUGAUGAUCUUUAUCUUGGUGGUGAGAAGGGGAAGAGGUUAGCAGCCAUAUUGACUGGCCGGUAA